UGUAGAUGUCCAAUAAACGGAGACAACUCGUUAUCCGUGCUGGUCAGGCACGACGGGAUUUCAAAGAGAUAGAGAAAAGCGGAUCAAUAAAAUACUGUAGUUUUGCGCAUGACGGAAUUUAUUUUACAAAUUUCAGAAGGUUAUGAGAAGAAGUAUCAAUGCUAGAGAAAACCGUGUUGCAUCGAAUGCGGUAAGUAUAUAAACAACGUUACACAUUCAGUUAUACGCGAAACAAUGUUCGAGGGUGCCAUAGCGGCCUUCUUGAAUCGGCUUCUGGGGAAGUAUGUCGAAGACUUGGACACCGAACAGUUUAAUGUCGGUAUAUUUUCUGGCGAUACUUGUCUCACCGAUCUUAAACUGAAACCCGAAGCUUUGUAUCAGCUUGGUUUACCGAUCAAGGUAGAAGUAGGACUUAUAGGGAAGAUUGUUUUAAAAAUACCAUGGGCUGGACUAUUUUCUCAACCGAUUGUACUUUGUCUAGAGGAUAUAUACAUAGUAGCUGUACCUGCUACAUAUGGUUCGUAUGAUCCAGAAAUACAGAAAAAGUUAAUCAGGGCAGAGAAGAGAAAAAUUUUGGAAGAUUUAAAGGAAGAUGAAACCUAUACGACAGAAUUAUUUGAUAAUUUGUUGAAAUCAGUGACAAAGAAUUUUCAAAUCACUAUAAAUAAUGUACAUAUUAGAUACGAAGAAGAGAUAAACGACGAAUCUCUAUGCGCUUGUGGUAUUUGUAUUCAAAGCGUAUCUAUAAUGACUACGAAUAGCAAAUGGAAACCUGGCAUUUGUACGAGCAAUUUAAGCACAAUUUAUCAACUGGUCAGAGCAGAAUCUUUGAGCAUAUAUAUGGAUAACAAUACAGAAUCUGCUUUUACAAAUAACGGGUGCGACUGGGAUAUAUCCGCUAUUUUUGCAUGGAAAAGUACAAUGCAUAAAGCGUUGCAAACAUUUGGUAUGAGAAACAAAGAGUUUCAAUUCCUUCUAAAACCUUUUACUGCAAAAAUAAAAGUAAUCAUAUACAAAGGAAAUGAAACGCAAACAUCUCGUAUGUUGGUUGAUAUUGUUCUUCACGAUGUUGCAAUGCAAAUUUCCGAAAUGCAGUAUAUUACUUUCUGUCAUCUCUACGACUCGUUACUGCGUACAAAUAUUAAAAAACAAUAUAUGAAAUAUCGUCCUAAUGAAAUUAUAAAGAAAAAUCCAUCAGCUUGGUGGAAGUAUGCCUACAAUUCUAUUUUGGAUUAUAACGUGAAACCUUAUACCUGGAAAAAAAUUGUUGAACAUAGAAAAAAUUACAGAAGGUACAAAGAAGCGUGUCUACAGAGUUUACUUAAGCCAAAUGAUACAGAACUGAAGCUGGAUUUGCAAAAAUACGAAGAUUCUUUAACAAUGUUUAACAUAGUAAUAGCUAGAGAACAUGCUAGACAAGAAUUGAAAAAUAGAAUGAUUAAAGAAAAACAUCAAGGCGUGAAUAACGGUGGUCUAUCGCUAAAUAGUAUGAAGAAUGGUACAUCUUUAAGCGAAGAGGAAGUACAAAAUAUAGAAAUAAAGAAUAAGGCAACUCAAGGGCAGGAAACGAAGAUAUCUUCCGAUGAUAUUAGUAACAGUUCAGAAAAACAAAUCAAAAUAGAAAAGCUCCUACAACCAAUUGAUUACAAGUUGAAUUUUACAUUAGCAAAUUCUUGUUUAAGUCUUUUAAAAAAUGACAAAGAAAUUCUUGUUGUAACUAUAACACAAUUCUUAACAAGUAUUGAGAUACGACCUGCAUUGUCUGCUUUUAAAAUAUCUACACGGGCCGAGAGUUUUGUAAUUGAAGGUGUCUCUCUGGAAGGUGAUCUAGUGCCCUUAAUUACUGUCGAUAAUAUUUUAACAGGAAAUGUAUCAACAAAUUUUUUGGCAAUAGACUUUGAGAAAAAUGGCGAAAAUAUAGAUCCAACUUUUGAUGUGUCUAUAAGCCUAGAAGCUAUUGAAGUGACUUAUUAUCAUCAUGCUAUGAUGGAAAUUAUUCGAUUUUUCAAACUUAGCGAUACAAACGUUCAAACAACUAUUUUGUGGGUGUACGAGUUGUGUAAUUACAUGAAGAAGAAUCUCUUGGUUCUGGUAGAAAAUAUAGUAUCUCAGACGCUACGGAUCAGUUUUAAAAUAGAUAUUAAAGGGCCGUAUAUUGUAUUUCCCGAACAUGGAUCAAUGCAAAGAGAUGGAAACAUUCUUCUCGUUGAUUUUGGCAAUGUGAACCUGUCUAAUGAACUUCAGAAUACGAAUUUACAACUUGAAGAUGCCACACUUAUGGAAUUAGAGGAAUUACUUUAUGAUAGAAUCCAUAUUGUAUUUUCAGGAGCACAGAUAUUAUUUUGUCACUCGGGGGAUGAUUGGAGGUCAGUCAGAAAGAUGAAAGAUUCCGAAUAUCAUUUUGUGCCGAAAAUACAAGCAAAUACAACAAUUUCGUAUAGUGUCAAACCUGAAUAUCACCAGCUACCACGGACUAAAGUAAAUGUUUCUAUUUCAUGUAUUAAAUUCAAUUUAUCGGAAAACAAGAUACAACAGAGUGUUCACUUUUUAAAUCUCUUGUUGUUGAUGUAUCAGAAGAAUGUCAAGAAAUGUGAGGAGGACUUAACGCAACACGUCCCAAAGAAAAGAUUAAAUAAACUUUUCGUAUCGAUGAAACAACUUAAAAAUGUGCAAAGCACUAUAUGUCUGCCGUCGAUUGAAAGAUCCAAAAACAAAUUUACAACUGUUACUAAGGAAUUUUGGACGACUAACGUACAAAAACUCGAUAGUAUUGUAUCCUCUGAAGUCAGUGAAGAAGAUUUGGAAUUACUAUCAAAGACUAUCAGUUUAUCUGGAUUCGACGACAGUGUAUCUCCGUGUAAUCAUAUCAAUCUCUUGUUAAGAUUCGCUAUUGGAGAGUUAUCGAUUCACUUGGCAAGUAUGAAUUGUGGAAGAGAAGAGCCUUAUUUACAUCUUAGAUUACAUGCAUUAUAUCUUGAAACUGCAAUAAUGCAAUAUGGAUCUGCUAUCCAGUUUGGUGUAGGAUCUGUUUUGUUGGUAGACAAAACAAAUGCAGGAGUAACUGGAUCAUAUUUAGAAUUAAUAUCUACCGAAGAACCUUAUGAAGUUCUUGUAGUAUCAUUUCGUAAGGUCAAAUCAAAUUGUCCUGAUUUUAAGUCUCACUUCAAAAGUAUUGAACGAUCUCUUGUUAUAAACAUACUUAACGUCAAUAUAAAUCUUCACAGACCUGCGCUACUAAAAAUAAAAGACCAUUGGUAUAAUUUAUUCGGCAUUUUUGAAAACAAUAAUCUUUUCAAUGUUCUGAAAAACUUAUGCCAGAGUAUCGUACAAUGGAAAGUAAAAGAAAAUGAUCCACCUAUUCCUCCAGGUGCUAUUAAAUUGAAUUAUUCUGCAAGGCUUAACGCCCUCGUGAUUAGAUUUUGUGACAGAGAUUUGGAUUUAAUGGAAAUACAGAUCCUGGGACUAGAAAAUGAUUGUAUUUACAAUGCUAAUGAAAGAAUGGUUUUACGUGCACAUCUUACACAGUUAUCUGUUGAAGAUAUGACCGAAGAUACACUUUAUUCAAAAUUACUGAUAACGGAGGAGGAUAAAGUUCUUGAUUUAAAAUAUGUGAGACACAUGCCAAAAUUGUAUAAAUGUUCCGAUAUCGAUACGAAUGGAGAUGAUGUGAUGUCGGAUGGAACAUUUAGGUUUUCUAUCGGGAGAAUCAGUUGUGUACUUAUUUAUAAAGUAUUGCACGAUUUAAAGUAUUUUUUAACACCAUUUACUUCCACAUAUUGCUUGAGCAUAAAAAAUUACUUAACCGAUAAAGUUAUGAGCGGUAUCGAGGAAUUUAAAAGAACCGCAACGAAGUUACAUGUUUUCAUCGACAUUCAAGGCCCUAUAUUUCUUUUACCUCAACGAAAAGAUGUGCCAACUCUUCUAGUAUUAAAUACAGGUGUAUUAUCGGUAGAAAAUUUUUUCAAAAGAAACGAUCAGUUCAAUCAAAGUAUUAAGGUAGCUGGCAACGAUACAAAUCAGUUAAUAAUUGAUAACAUUUUAGUAAAGCUGAACAAUGUAACUGUAUCCAGAGCAAUUAUGACGCUCAAUCAAGACUUGGAAAUUCAAGAACCGAUCGUUGAGCCGGUUCAUAUUCAUUUUGAUAUUAAAAGAAAAGCAGAGUAUCGUAGCGCAAUGGAGUUUCAAACGUAUGGUCUAUUCAAUUUACAAGGUUCUAUGGAUUUUGUAAACAUUAAUCUAAGCCAGAGAGACCUGAAGUCUAGUAUAUUAGUGUGGAAAGAUAACAUUUCGAAAAUUAUACUAUUUAAAAAUGCAUAUGAAAAUCAAGUACAGUCUACAAUGGAAGAUCAGUUGAAGAAAGCCGAGGUGGAAGAUGUGAUGGUGAAGAAAUUAGAAGAUUUUCUUACGCACAAUGAAAAUACAGUGUGUGAAGUUAAUAUGAAACUAACAUUAGAAGGAUUGCAAUUGAAUUUAUUUUUAGAUUCAGAAGAGGUACUGAGUUCACCGGUUCGUGAUCUGAAUCAUGGUUUAUGCAGAUUAACGUUCGGAGAAAUAAUCAAUACGUACGGAUUUUAUAGCGACAAAAGUCUAAAGAUGAAAUUCUCUCUUCAGAGUUGUGUUUUACAAGAUACCCGAAAGGAAUCACAAAUUAUAAGAAAAAUAAUUCAAUCACCAGCAAGAUUAAUUGGAGUGCAACCUGAAUCCUACAUAUGUAUUUCUAUGUCACCGAUUGUUGAUAUUACGUAUACUUGCGGGCCACAGGGUGAAAAAUGUUUUGAUGCACUUAUUCAAGAAUUUAGAGUGAAUUUGUCUGUUCCAUUCGUGAUGCAUCUUACUCGAUACAUAAUGGAUUCAUUUCCAGCAGAUCAGAUUGACAAAGGAAUUGUCAAUCACGGAUACGAGAAUAACAAUUCAACGAUAAGCAGGGAUAAUAUCACUGCAGAAAGAAAGAAAUUAAAAUACGCACAAUAUUUUAAAGAAGAACCAGAUGCUUCGAUAUCUGUGAGGAUACAUAAACCCGAGAUUUUACUUUUUGGAGAUUUGAAAGCAACCAACGCGCAUGUAAUUCUAUUGCAAGCUGAAAUAUCUAUUGAAAGUAGCAGACACAGUUGUUCAUCGUCCAUUGUAUGUACACUUACCGACAUACGAGCCAAAUCAAGGAGACAAGGAAAUUAUUCCCGUUAUACUCCGUACUGGCUACUGUGUCCUUGCGAUAUAGAAAUUUGUCGAAAAGAAGAACCACCCGAAUUUAACGUCGAUUAUACUGUCACUGUGAACAAAAUUAACGUUCAUCUCUCUGCAGAAAUAAUACAUGCAUUUAUCAAUAUACUGAGCGAAGCCACAAAUUUAAUGAAUAGCGUUAACUUGAGAUUGGAAGAUAAUAAAUCUUUCAAUCAUGAUUAUUCUAAUGUGCACAUUAAUCUAUGGACACCGGUAAAAAUUUCCAAUGUUCCGUAUAAGAAACUGAACGAUGAUGAUUCACAUUUAAAUUACGAAUGCAACGAUAGAGUGGUAACGAUUAAUCUAAAGCCAUUAGUAAUUUGUUUAUUACUGGAAAUUGAAUAUCUGACAGAAAGACUUCCUGUUAUACAAAUGCACAGCAUAGUUACAGCUUCUAUUAACGAUUGGUUUAACGAUUUUAAUUUUGAAUCAAAUAUAAAGCUUCAUGCACUCUGUUAUAACGUGGAUUAUAAAAGUUGGGAACCCUUAAUUGAUUUUUGUUCAGAAGACGAUACAACCUGUAGACCAUGGGAAUUAAUGAUAAAAAUGCGUCAUGGCGAAGCUUUUAUGAUAAAUUCAAACUGGACUAAUUCGCAUCAGCAUAUAAAACAAGACGCGCUGAAAGUUAAAAAGAGAAACGCUAAGAAUACCGAUCAGGAUGUUACAGAUAUGGUUUUUAUAAGCCCAGAUCAUUUAACAGUACCAAAAUCAAACGAGACAGAUCUGUAUUCAACGUACGAAGAAGACUCUGACACGGAUGACGAUGAAGGUCAGAAAAAAUUAGUAAAAACUUCCAAUUACUUGUUUAACAGUAACAGUAGCGAAGAGGAAGAUAGCGAUAGCGAGAAUUCUAGCACAAACGAAGACGAGGGAUUAGAGUUAACACCGGAAUGUAACGUAGACUCCUUUGGACCCGUUGGACGGGAAUCAAUUAAAUCAAACGAUGUGGCGGUCUACAUUACUGUAUCAACAGAGGAUAAACUGAAUAUUGUGAUUACUUCGAAUUUAAUUGCCGUAAUGGAUAUUAUUGUAAAUGCAUUUCAACAAGCUGCUAGUGGAAUACCGAUAAUACCUGCUCCUAUGAGAAAAUUAAAUCUUCAAAACCAUAUCGGUCAUGAAAGUCGACUAGAACUUCUUGUUUCAGAAGAAGAAGAUAAGAAAAGCGUAACCCGUGUCAUCGUCAGUCAAGAUUACCAUGAUAUUAAUUCACCAGCAAGUGUUCCAAGUAGUCCAGAAGUGGAAACUCAAUCAGGUGUUGCUAGCCCCCAGUGGGGUGAUAAUGAAACUGAUUUUGCUGAUCCAGACGUAAAUUCCGAAAAUUAUUCAGUGCCAAUGGAAGAAAUGUUUCAGGAUGACUCCACCAUUGAUAUAUACAAGACAAUCACCGGAGAAGUGUUACAUGUCAUUUUUAAAGGAUUUGACGAUGUAUUAGUAUAUUGUCCAAAAAGACAAGGUUGCAAUCUGAUUCCACUUCGACCUAUCAGACACGAAGUUCGCUAUCAUUUAGUUAUAGAAGCUACGAUAAACAAUUAUUUGCAUCGUACAAUUACUGUACGAUCUCCUUUACAGUUUCGAAACGAAACAUCGUAUGCAUUGGGUCUUUACUAUAAAAAAUCAUUACUAGAUAAAUUGGGGCUUACGUGUAUCGGUGAACCUACAAAUCCCUUUGAUGACAACAUUAGAAUGACAAUAAUUGAACCUGAUUCUACUUACAGUGUUCCCUUAUACAUAGCUUAUCACUUUCCUAUACAUAUAUUGCCUGCUUAUUUAGAAAAGUAUCAGGUCAGCGAAGAUGGGAUUUAUUGGAAAGAACUAAGCGCAACAAUGAAUGUUAUUAAAGAUAUAUGUUGUAAAACAAAAGCUGACGAAAGUAAUUCUGUAUUUUGCGUUAAAGUCUCUUGUAACGAAGUCUCGUUAACUACAAGACCGAGCUGCCAAGUACCAAGUUACUUGAUAAGCAUUCACUCUCCCCUUAUUUUGAACAAUCAGCUACCAUUUGUUAUAGACGUUCAUAUACCUGCUAUUAAUUAUGAAGUAAAAAUUGAGCCAGGAGAAAGAAUAAACAUGCAUUCUUUAAAUUGUAAUACCGAUAUCCAAUUUGUUUUUAAGAUUCAAAAUUAUUUGGGUAUUUAUUGGACCGGAAUGGUUAAGCUGAACACGAAUUUAGAAAGAAAAUUUGUUGCGAUGAAUGCAGAUAGCGAGGUUGAUUCGGCAAAAUCUUUUUUACUGUGUAUAGAACUGUGUAAAGUUAAAAGUUGGCACGUUGUUAUUCAGUCUCAAUACUGGAUGAUAAACAAGUCUGGAUUACCUUUGUUCAUUCAGGAAUGUUAUACUCAUAUAAUUAACGAGAUACCAGAAGAAGAAUUGAUGAUAUUUUCUCAAAAGAACAAUAAGAAAAGCAUGGUUAGAUUAAGAGCCCAUCAAUCCGAAUGGUCUUUGCCAUUUGGACUAGAAGGAAUUACCUCAAUGUCUUUGAUUGUAUGCAAAGAUACAGAACGAGGAAGAAAAUACAGAAUCUUAACAGAGAUUGAAAGUUCUCGUUUAUCUCCUAAUUUCACAAAAAUUAUAACAUUUCUUCCUUAUUUCUACAUUAGCAACAAAACAAAAAGAAACUUGAGAUUUAUGGAAGAAAACGAUCAAGCGGAUUUAUGGAACGAUCUUUUACCCGGACAAAUUAUGCCAUUUUGGCCGGUUACAGAAUCAAUGAAGAUGAAAAUAAAAUGGAGAAAUAGUCAAUUGGUGUCUCAGCAUUUCAACGUUACACGCGUAGGAAAGACUGUAUUGAGAAUGGACAAUGGUUCAGCAAUCACCGUACAAAUCAAAGGUGGCAUCACUUCUCCGUAUUAUGUAACAUUUCAAAAAUAUGUGACUGGUGAUAUACCCAUAAGAAUAGACAAUUUUUGUGACAAUUUAUUUUUGAAAAUUAGUCAAUGUAAUUUAGGACAGGUAGCUUUGAUAAAUCCAUUUCAAAGUCUCCUGUACACAUGGGAUGACCCUACUAAGACUAGGGAACUCAUUUGGAAUGUAUAUAACAAUAAAAAACCUGGAUACAAUGCAAAAUUUGAAAAGGAUGGAUACGGACAAGAAGUUAUACCACUUGUGAUUGUGGAAAAAUGUAGCGGUGGAUCGUCUUCUGCAUGUACGAUUAAACCAACUAAUAAUAAAUUAACGUGGCUGGAAUCUAAACCUGAGAGUAUUAAUAGGGAGAAUAAUAAUUGUGACGAUAACGAUGACAACGACGAUGACGAUGACGACGACGACGACGACGACGACAAUGACGAUAACGAUGACGAUAAUAAUGAUAAAUCGUCGACAGAUAAAACAAUUGUUUAUUGGGUGAGUUACAUGGAAGUGAACCAACGAGUAUUACUAUUUACUCAACACGAAACGCUAUUCUUAAAAGCAAAAAGUAUCAUUGAUCCAGAAGCUAGUAAAAAGGAAAUAUUUCUAUCCUUUGCUGGUAUUGGCAUCAGUAUUGUAACAAAAUCUAAUGAAAUUCUGAAGGAAUUAGUAUAUGGAAAUAUAACAGAUUCAGCAGCUCAUUGGGAGCUUUAUUUUGACAGAAAAUGGAAGAGUUUAUCGUUAGAACUGAGUGCAUGGCUAGAAUGCAAAUAUGUACAUUCUUGUAAAAAAGCACAGUUAGAGAAUUUUAUUGAUGUUGAUCUUGUAAAAAUGCAUAUGACUAAACCGUUCUUUGGAAAACUAAGAAGAACCUAUUCUCCAGGAAUUUGGUUACACUGCAGGAAAUCUAUGUCAUUGACUCAUUUGCAGGGUUACAUACACAAAAUACAGGUGGAUGAUCAAGUUCGUAAUACUACCUUUCCAGUGAUUUUAUAUUCUAAUUUGCAAAAAAGUAUCAUCAAUUAUGCAGGAAGUCAUAGAUUGAAGCAUUGCGUAGAAUUUGCAUAUUUGAAACAGAGAAAGCUGAAUUAUGAUGUUUACAAAGGUGUUUGCCUUAUAAUUAGAGAAUUUAAUUUAAAUCUACAAGAAGGCUUACUACUUUCUCUGAUCAAUUUGAUUCCAAAAAAACCGGAAACUAAAUAUUCUAUCGCCGUGAAAUUAAGAAAGGAUGUUUCAAGUAUUCAUAUAUUACCUUUCAGCAAAAGUAACGGUACAACUGUUAAGAGAAAAAAUAUAAUAGAACAUAUAUAUAUUUCUCCGAUCAUGAUACGUUUAACAUUGUUAGCCGAUACAGAAAGACCUAAUAUUUAUAAUAUUAGCGAUAUAGCAGAUUAUAAGAAUGUCGUUAGAUUUAUUUUUGAAUAUUCUGAAAAGGGAGGAUUUGAGAAAUAUACCGAACUACGACUUCCUUGCUAUCAAGAAAAUUUCAUCACCGUUGAAAACGAAGAACUUGUACUAGAUUUAUCACGAUCUUAUAUGACUCAGAUUAUGCAGCAAUUUCAUGUUUUAAUACGUUCGACUACCGUCUUAGGAAAUCAAUGUGGUUAUAACUUUAAAUCGCCAGGAGACAACUUUUAUGAAUCUAAUAUGCUGAUUUUGUGCGGAGAUGAAAUAGCAGAGAAACUGAGUCAAGAAAUAACAUGCCAGCUAGGGUACAAUACACCAGACACUACUACGCAAACUUCAAUCUUUAAUUUUGACAUCGAACCACGUGUGAUGCAAUCGAAAGCAAAAGAGCCAUGUUUUCAAAACAAAGAUAUACCUCCUUUCUCGCUAUAUAGCUCAUUUUCUACAGAACUCGAAUUAGAAACAUUCAGCAUAGUAGCUGCAUUUAGAAGUAGUAUUCAUCAAGAAGAAUUAAAGUACUUGUUCAAAACUUUGGGAAAGAAAACGUCAAUAUUUUUUAACAAUGAAAGUUCCUCUUUAAAGGCUUACUCAAAAAUAAUAGCAGAUAUUAUAAAAAGGGCACAAGAAAUAGGUCAUAAGUUUAUAUCUCGGAUACGCCUAGCACGCUACGUGAAUCCGUAUAAGGGAGUUGAAGUAUUUUCAAUGCAUAAAGCUAAGGGAAUGCAUCUCUUAAGUAUGGUAAACAAAAAUCCUGGUAUCGAUACAGAAAUAUAUUGGGCACAUACUGCUCUUUCUGACGAUGGUAAACAUAUAGCUCUAGUUUCGUUGCAGCGACUGUAUUUCAUUGAGAGAGGAUGUACAUGGGGAUCUCUGAAUGUAAAGUGGACCUUAGAUACCCAUCAAUUACUGUCACCGCCUACGGUGCUGAAUAACAAGCUUAUUUUCCAUGUGAAUAAGAACGACGGUACUUUGUCACCCAUAAUGGAUUGGUACUUGGAAAGCGAUGCAGCAGACAUUCUGGAGUGGCUGUGCCAGAAAAUAAAUAUAGCCAUGAUCUUGAACAUGGAGAACAGUAUUUGUUCAAAGCAAGUUGUAUAACUGGAAUCCGAACUAUAAAACAAAAAAAAAAACAAACCAAUUAUUGUAUAUUUAAAUUACUCAGGCACAAUAAAUUCUCUGACAAACGCAGUA